UUAUACGUGGAGAAUUAUUCAAUGGUGGCUCCCAUUUAGAACACACCAAUUUCCUUGUGGUUUCCAACUCCAUUCUUAAAAUUUUGAUGAUCUUAUCGAAGCCCAUCAUGCUUAUAUGCAACUCCAAUUCUUCAUCUUCAAGAACAAGCCAUCAUCUUUUGAUCUAAUACUAAGCCUUUUUGCCUGUAGUGGUCAAUAUGGACUUGGAUUGUGAGAAACAUAGGAAACGAAGAAAAACCAAGGUUGAAUAUGAUCCACAAACAACUGGAAUGGAGCUUCUACCACGGGAGAUUGCUCAUGAUAUACUUUCAAGAUUACCCAUCACAUCUUUGGUGCAAUUCAAGUGUGUAUGCCGAGCUUGGCGUGCCUUGGUGCAGGAUCCUCAGCUUGUAGAUUUAUAUUUGUCUUGCUCAACUCAGGACACCGAUCAUCCUUGCCUAAUCCUUCACUGCGACUUUCCAAUCAGAAACAAUCUCUAUUUUGUGGAUUUUGCUGCUCACGAGGAAGAAAAGGAGAAGGUGAAGAGAAUUCCGGCACCCUUUUCCUCUAUGAUGCCAGAAUUUGAAGUGGUAGGCUCCUGUAACGGUUUACUGUGCCUAUCUGACUCAUUGUACAAUGAUUCUCUUUAUAUCUAUAAUCCUUUCACAGGCUGCUAUAAAGAGCUGCCAAAAUCCUUGCAGUAUCCUGAUCAAGAAGUGGUUUCUGGGUUUGGUUUCAAUCCCAAGACGAAAGAAUACAAGGUAAUCAGAAUCGUGUAUUACAGGAAUGGGCAUGGUGGCUACCCUCGGUCACGUAGAAUCAUUUAUCCACUAUCGGAAGUCCAAAUUUUAACGCUAGGCUGCCCUGAAUGGCGAAGUCUAGGCAAAGUGUCAUACCGGCUUGUUCGCCGGGCUUCAGGGGCCCUGGUUAAUGGAAGGCUUCAUUGGAUUAGCCGCCCGUGUAGAAAUAAGCCCGCCCGCAGGCUGGUCUCAUUCGACUUGACCGAUGAGCAAUUCCGAGAAGUCUCGAAACCGGACUGCGGUGGCCUAAAUAGGUGCAACUAUCACCUAGUGGUUCUGAGGGGUUGCCUCUCUGCUGCUGUUUAUUGCAAUUAUGGAAGAUUGGAGAUUUGGGUCAUGAAGGAGUACAAUGUGAAGGAGUCUUGGGUUAAAGAAUACAACAUCGGGGCUUACAUGCCCAAGGGCUUGAAACAAAAUCAGGACCGACAGCUAAAGAUAUGGAAAAAUAGUUCUAAUGGAAGGGUUGUUGGAGCUCUAUGUGUCUUGAAGAAUGGUGAAAUCCUGCUGGAGUAUAAGAACAGAGUUCUGGUUUCUUAUGACCCGAAGAAUGGAAAGUUCAAGGACAUUGAGCUACAAGGGGCACCAAAUUGGUUUCAAACAGUAGUUCAUGUGGGCAGCCUGAAUUGGAUCGAUACUCCCAGUGAUGCAUACAACCAAGGAUCGGAUACUUCUCCAUAUGUGAGUUGAUUACUCCCUGCUCUGAAACAAAAUCCUGUUUCUGUGUUAAUUAUCUGCUCCAUCAUCAGGUUAUGAUCAAAUCUUACAUGCUUGGAGACUUCAGAUAACAAUUUCUAUUUGUGUAUAUAUGAAUAUUGAAUAUAAAUAUCGGAUCAAUCACAACACAAACGAAUAUUCAUUCAA